CCGGGUGUCUGGGAAGAGUCGCUGUUUCGCUGAAGUCCGGAGGUGUCUGCGCAGCGCGAGACCGCGGCGUUCGAGCGGCGGCGCGAAGCAGCGGCUGGCGCCCGGGGUGGUUUCCGUUGCUGUCCCUUAUCCCGCGAGCUGGCGGGGGGUGGGUGAGGCGCGCAGCCGGCGGCAGCGCAAGCCCGGUCGCUGGAGCGCCCGCGGGAGAAUGGCGCCGCCGGAACUGCUGCUGCUGCUCCCGCUGCUGCUGGCGCCCCGCGCUGCAGGCCAAAUGAAUCUGAUGAGCCCUCAGAAUGUUCAAGUCAAUGUUGUAAACACAAAUUUCACUCUAAGAUGGAGCUGGGGUAGUGAGAAUGACUUCAAUGUGACAUUUUCAGCUCAGUACCAACGAAGAUUUGAGAAUUAUGAGGAAGAAGAAGAAGAAACAGAUUGGAAAGAGAUAUCUGGCUGUCAGAAUGUCACUGUCCUAGAAUGUGACUUCUCCUCAGCAAUGACAGCUUAUUUAGAUUCCUAUAAUGUGCGUAUAAGAGCUGAAAAAGGGGAAGAAAAAUCUCUGUGGUCUACUACUUUAUCAUUCGUACCAUAUUCAAUAGCUAAAAUUGGUCCUCCAGGAGUGCAUUUAGAAUCCAUAGACGGAGUGGUGAAAAUCAACAUUUCCCCUCCAGAAGAAAAUCAGAACAGAAAAAUGUGGACAAAUGAUAUAAGUUUUACCUACAAUGCAGUGUUCUGGGAAAACUCAUCAAAUGCAGAGCCAAAAAGCAAAACUAUUAAUCGCAGAGACACAAUUUAUGAUCUUGCACCAGAGACUACUUACUGUCUGAAGGUUCAAGCACGCAUAACUUCUGAAAGAAAAGUAGGUUCCUUCAGUCCAGUCCACUGCAUUAAAACUACAGAUAAAGCAUGGAAUGUACUACCUUAUCCAAUGAAUGUAGAAGUUCAUGCUUUGAACAUGAAGUUUCUUCUGUCCUGGGAUAAUCAAUAUGAUCAAAAUGUGAGCUUUACUGUACAAUAUCUCAGUGGAUAUUUAAAGAGUCUUUCUGAAGACUAUUCAGAUAAAUGGAUCACUAUUUCUGGAUGUGAAAACAUCACUACUACACAGUGUGACUUCUCAUCUGACAUAGCCAUUAGUGGAAUUUACUUUCUCCGUGUACAAGCUAUGAACGGAUAUAAUAAAUCACGUUGGUCUAAUGAAAUAAAAGUGGAUCCUUGUGUAGUAAAUGAAAUUGGCCCUCCAAGUGUAACAGUAAGCUCCAGUAAGGAUUCACUUCGUAUCCAACUCACUCCUCCAGGAGAGUCUGAAAAUAAGUCCAUGAGUGAAUUUUAUGACUUAUCUUACCGGGUUCUGUACUGGAAAAAUUCUUCAGAUACUAAGGAGAAAAUCCAAGAAGAACAACAGUUAUUAUUCACAAUCUCUGACUUGACACCCUUGGUUUUGUACUGUUUGAAAGUGCAAGCAUUUUCACCAGCAUAUAAAAAAGAUGGUCAUUUUAGUGAUGUGGAAUGUAUUAAAACGCUUAAUGAUAAAACUUCACCUUUGACUAUUUUGAAAACCUUUGCAAUGGCCAUGGUUGCCUUCUUCUUUUUUGCAUCAUUUUUGAUUUUUGGUGUAUAUUAUAUAUCUAGACGGAUCAGAUAUGCAUUCUUUCCAUCAUGCAAACCUCCUUCAAACAUAGAGUGUCUUGGUGGACAACCUUUCAGCAGUCCAUAUCUGUCAACUUCAGAGGAGCCAACAGAAAAUUGUUGUAUAAUUGAGAGUAUUGUUAUAGAGGAAACAGAUCAAACUGAUUUUAAAGACUACAAACACUCAAAACAGAGCACUCGAGAUUCAGGAAAUUAUUCUAAUGAUGAUGAUACUUCUGGAACUAAAGUGUUAGAAGAAACACUAGAACAGGAAACAACAUAACUAAAAAUAACCUCAAACUUGAGACUGGCAGCCUAACUAGCAUUUUGCUGGUCCCGUUACAUAUGAAAGAGUCAUUGUCUGACCAAGACAGGCUGACGUCAGACUGUUGGUCCUAAAGUUUCCAAUUUUGCUUUUCAGUAGUGCAAAAUGACUGAAAUGUGAGGAACAAAUAUUACUACUGCUCCUCCAGGAAAAGGAUAUUCUUCUGGUAUACCAUUUUUGUUGGUAUUUGCUACUAGUCUUUCUGUUUACCAUGUGGAUCCUGUAACAUCAGCAAAAAUCCUGUGAUGUCUCCACGGAAAAGACAAUCUUUGCCCAUCUAUGUUGCUGGUAGUAGAUGCCAACAUAUGUAGACUUCCUUAAGCCUGCUCUUGGAAAUCCUGGUGCCAGUAGUGCAUUGUAUGUGCUGGUGUCAAUUCUGUUAACUUUAAACUUAUUACUAUCAAUAUGCCCUCUUCCCAGACAAUUCAGCUACCUUAGCUAACAUGCAGAGGUAGAGGCAGAAAAGGGAUUUUUCUCAGGUAAAUAUUAGCUGAAGGAGUUAGAGGAAAAUAGUGAAUGCUUGUUGUAAGAAUAGUUUUGGGCAGCUUUGUCUUGAUCAUUCUAGCCUAACAAGCACUACAUCCAAAAUAAAACAGUGAUCUUCCAAAUCAGAUGUGCAUAAAAGCAAAUUCUCAGCCUUGUAAGAAUAGAACAAAUUCUAUUAUGCACUUUAAUGCCAAAGCAAGUUAGGGAGCUUAUCCUUUUGUCUAUUUAGAAACCAGAUACCCAUAAGCUGUAACAUUUUUACCCACAAUUGAGAUGUACUUAAAUGUGAAAUUCUUUCCUACAUUUUGAAAAUAACAAACGGGUUUUUUUCAACUUGUUCUUGAAUUCUUGCUGAUCAUAAAUGAAGGGCAAACACACAACCAUCAAAUGGAAAUAGCUUUGGAGAAUUGGAUCCUUUAAAUCCCCCACCAUAAAGCCAAAUGAUCACUAAAGUUUAUAAACCUGAAUCCAAGUGAUUUUAAUGUUGUGGUGCCAUGUAUACAUCUCUAGAUACUGGUGUGGUUGAAUCAUCUUUGCUUUAAAUAAUUCUUCCGUGUGUAUGCUUCAAUGAUUUUUGUAUGUUGCUGGCGUAAAUUAGUUUUCUCAUUAUG